GUCUAGACAUCGCUUGGCAACCCGGCAAGUGAUCAUUCCAAAUCAACAUGGCUCCCAGCGGAAUGGCCAGGAGUGCCGGCGGCGAAGCGGCUUCCGAAGCGGGCCUUUCCAAGUGGCAAUAUGCAGUUCUCUUCGCCACGCCAGUCGCUGCCGGCUUGGCCUACUGGUACUACAAGAAAUCUCGCGCCAGGGGGAAGCCGCCCGGUGCCAGCGCCGGAGAAACAAAAGGGUCCAAGUCAGUGGACAAAUCGCAAACUAACCACUCGCGCGGCUCGACCGAAGCCAAGGACCCGUUCGAGAGGGCAAAGGCUUUCAAAAACCAGGGCAACAAGUACUUCAAGGAAGGCAAGUUCGAUAAAGCCAUCGAGUGCUACUCGGAGGCGAUCGCGCUGUGCCCGCCACAGAACAAAAAUGAGUUGGCUACCUUCUACCAAAAUCGUGCGGCCGCCUACGAGAACUUGAAAAACUACACGGCCGUUAUCACCGACUGCACCAAGGCGAUAGACCUGAACUUUCAGUAUGUCAAGGCACUUCACCGGAGAGCGAAGGCUUACGAGGUCGUCAAUGAGCUGGACAAGUGUCUGGAAGACAUCACAGCUGUGUGCAUACUCGAGGGAUUCCAAAACCAGAACUCGCUGCUUGUGACCGACAGGGUGCUAAAGAAGAUCGGCAAAGCAAGCGCAAAGGAGCUUAUCAAGGUCCGAAAGCCCAUGCUGCCGUCAAAGCACUUCAUUAGAAACUACUUCAUCUCCUUCUGUGAAGAUCCCGUAGUAAAGGCUGUGCAGGCACAUCGGGAAGGCAAGCCCUUUCUUACGAGUGACAGUCCCGGUAGUGCCUAUGCACAGGCGGUGGAGUGCCUGGCCAAGGAAAAGUACGAAGAGGUCAUCGAACACUGCACCAAGGAGAUUGAAAACGAAGGAGAGGCCCUUGCCGAAGCACUGCUGCUGCGGGGCACGCUGCACAUGCUGCAGGGCUUGUCACAGUCUACGGUCGACGACCUCAACCGGGUGCUCCAAAUGGACUCGGCCUCCCUGAAGGUUCGAGUGAAUGCUCUAAUCAAGCUUGGCACUCUGAAGGUGCACGCUGAGAAACUGGAAGAAGCACUCGAGGACUUUGAGAAGGCAGCCAGCCAGGAUCCGAGCAAUGCCGACGUGUUUCUGCAUCGGGGACAAGUGUUGCUACUUCUGGACAGGCUAGAGGACACCCUCAAGGACAUGGAGCGGAGCGUGUCACUCCGACCGGACUUCCCAUCGGCAGCGGCUCAGCGCUGUUACGUGCAGUACAGGUAUGGGGCAGCCACCAAGGAUGCCAACAAACAGAUGGAGGCACUGCAGGACUUUGAAAAGGUCCAACAGAUGUUUCCCAACUGCCCCGAGUGCUACUUCCUUCAUGCUCAGAUCCUUUCAGAGAACAAGGAGUUUGAGAAAGCAGAAGAGAACUUUCUAAAGGCUCAGAAGGCAGAUCCUACGGAUCCGAACGUACCAGUACAUCUUGGCAUACUGCACCUACAGUGGACGCAGGAUUUUGAGAAGGCAGCCGAAUUCAUGUACAAGGCUAUCAGCAUGGACGAAAAGUGUCAGUUUGCCUACGAGACCCUCGGUUCUGUUCAGGUCCAGAGGGGCUUCCUGAAGGAGGGCCUGGAGCUAUUCGAGAAGGCCAUCUCACUCGCCCAGACCGAAGCCGAGCUGGCCCACUUGCUGUCCUUGAGAGACGCCGCCGCCGCACAGGGCAAGGUGGCCAGCCGUCUGGGCAUGGCCGUCACCCCUGGAUUCAGCUAGAACUGUCGAGCCCACCGUGUCACGGACGGCUCCUUGUUUUCUUUUUUUUUAUUUGCGCAAGAACCAGAUUGCAGAUCAUCUACCAUCACGCCCUCUAUCUCGUUUUGCUGCUGCCAAGCAUGGUACGAAAUGUCGGGCGCAUGCGUGUUCUUCACUUUUUCGCGUUGCAGAAUAGUCGGAUCAUGGCAGUUCAAGUUGUAAGGGUGGAGGUAGUGCAUCGUCUGGCUCCUGUCGCAAUGCGUUGUUCUGUGCAGUGGAAACCCAAGCGCUGCGGGUUCGUGGCUGGCACGUUUAUCUUAAAAAAAUGGUGGCAUGUGUUCCAUGUAUUCGUUUGGUGCCUGCAUAUGACUUAUCUAGCUAGGGACCAGCGAUUGUUUUCAGGGAGCUUAGGCCUAGGAUACGCUUUGUCGAUGCCAGUUAGGAUAUUAAAGGAAGAAAAAUAAUAAAAGAUAGAACAAGUUGGCAGCCCUCUGUAAGAAACGUGGAUGAGGCAUAUUUGCAGUUGAAGUGACACAUGAUUGCUAGGAGCCACCUACAAAGUGUUCUAGAGGAAAUGCCAACCAGGUUGUUCUUCGAAUUCUGGACUUCACAACAGGGAAUAGAUGGCAUCAUGUGAGGGAAGGCACGACAGUUGGAAGACACGGAAAAGCGGCUAGAAAGAAAAAAAGAACAGAACAAGAUGGCUUGUCUGCAUUGUCUGUGCCUUCUUCUUUUCUUAUUUCAUUUGUCUUCUGCACACCUAAGAACAGUCAUUGGUGUUUGUUGAGUGUAACUUUUCCUCUUCACUGGCGUAUGCCGUAUUGCCAGAGUUGCUUGUUCUCCUAUAUCGUUUCAGUGCCGGGUGUGUAACUGUACAAGACUAGUGCACACUAUGAAAGCAGUUGAGUAUAAUCGCUGUUUCAGUCUGAACUUGCAAGACGGCAGUGUUGUUGCCCUCGCGAACAAGUCGAGUUGUUGCUGCAAACUUUAGAAACACAAAAAUUUUUUUAAACUUUCGGAGUGCCUGUUCCUCCUUUGGUCUGUUGCUCCCUCUUGCAACAUUCUCUCACUUUAUAUAGUAGCAAGCAAAUUUGUUCUUUUUUUUUCUCUCGAGGAAACCCUGUGUAUCACCUUCUAGUCUGUGCAGUGAAAUAAACCAAUUGUUUUUGGCUAUAG